UUCCCUUAUGCUUAAUGAUAUUGUAAAAAUGUAUGCCUCUUCAAUUGUUGUCGUUAGUGUUCAAGUAUUUAAUGUUAAAUUGUCAACUUGCACUAUGGAGGCAAAAACAUAUCCUGAUCUCUGUUGUCUCAUCUCCAAAAAUACCAAGCUUUUUUAUCAACAAAUUGUCUCCUCUACUUGUGCAAAAAAACGCCACCAUACUCCAACUGACAACAAAAUAAUCAUGACUCCAGGAAAGCCGCUGGAAAGGAUAGAGAAGAUCAGUUCCUAAUAACAGCAAUUGAAGAAGCAUAUAAGGCAGUUGAAAUAGGCGAUGGUAGACCAUUUGGUGCCGUUAUUGUUCGAAAUGAUGAAAUAGUUGCAAUUUGUCAUAACAUGGUGUUAAGAAACACUGAUCCCAGUGCCCAUGCUGAGAUUACUGCAAUAAGAGAGGCUUGUCUAAAGCUGAAUCAAGUACAACUUUCUGACUGUGAAAUCUAUUGUUCUUGCGAGCCUUGUCCAAUGUGUCUUACUGCAAUUCAUUUUUCAAAUAUUAAGAAAUUGGUUUAUGGAGCUAGAGCAGAAGCUGCAGUAGCAGUUGGAUUUGAUAGUAUUAUUGCUGAUGCACUGAGCAACACUGGUUUUUAUGAGAAGCUCAACUUAGAGAUCAAAAAGGCUGAUGGCAGUGUUGCUGAAAUGGCAGAACAAGUAUUUGAGAACACUAAAGACAAGUUUAAAAUCCGAACGCAAGUUUCAAUUGUUUAGGAAAACUUAAAUUUCUUACUAUAACUAUGUUCAUGAAUUCGAGCAAUAUAAAAAUUGUACACUUUUAUGUUGGUGUUCAUUUGCUCAUGUAGUAUUUGCUUAAGGCGUUGGAAAUGAUUAUUGAUACGUUAAAUUUAUGAAUGGUCACAUUGUUACAGAAAACAGUUGUUAAAAUAAAAAGUGAGAUGACAAUCAA